AUGACGAGGGAAACCCUGGACCACGUUGAAGUGAUCGCGGAGGAAGUUUUAAAGAGGCGAGACCUACUCUGGGACACCGCCGGCACUAGACAGCCAAAUCAAAACCAUAAACGCACGGAAGCUUGGAAAGAGAUCCGUCGGAUUGUGUUUAAUCCAGUACCACAGAAGUCUCCUUGCAGUUAUCGCAACGCCACAGGGGGAGGCGUCAAUAAAGCGCUGGAGGAGGCCCUAGCAAAGGGCCUCGGUUCGAUGUCGGAGGCGGAUGAAAAAAUCGCCAGAGCCCUCGGCCCGGAGGCUGCCCCACCCUCCGAAUGCUCCGACCCCGGAGCAUCACAGGUACUUCAACAAUUGUCCACGUUUGAGAGCGAUAGUGACACUGAUUGUGAGGAGAUACCAAGAAAGCGGGGCCGUAAGACUGGAGUUCGCGAGGCGUUUCUAGAGGAACAGACUAGAUACAUCAGGGCAAAGAGGCUGUACCUCGAAAAAAAGUACGCGCUACUCACUAAAGUGGACACCCUCCUUGAAAAGAUCCAGAUCAAUGUCUAUAUACAACCCAACAAUGGAGCUGUACACAACACCGGACAAAGGACGACCAAAACCGAUACUAAUAUAGAAAAGUCUCUUCUUUCAUCACAGGUCUGA